AUGGAGAAAGAAUUCAGAUAAAGUUAACUUAAGCCAGAUUAAACCAUAACACAACUUAACAAUAGCAAUAAAAGAACUAUCAUACAAGAUAAAAAAUUUGAAAAAGUAUAUCAUUCUUUGCGCAGAUCAAUAAAAUGGAGUGAAAGAAUUUUUAAUGAAAAUAGUCAAGUCUUUAACAAAAUGCUAGUUGAAUUAAAUAUAGAAUAAAAUUUAUGUAAAGAUGAUUUCAACAUUUUAAAUAACUAUAAAAUACAACUAGUAACUCCAAUAAAUGAAUCGAACUUAAUUGACAAGAAAAAGAAUGAAUAAAUUUUAGAAUUUUUUAUGCAAGAAAACAAUUUUGUUAUGGAUAAAAGUUAAAUACGAGAUAUAUCAGGUUUUAAAAGCAAUUAACAUAACUAACAGUAGGCAUAAAUCAAUUAAUUUAAAAUCUAUCACUAAUAAGUUAUGUAGUAAUAAAAUUAAGCUUAAAACCUUUAAUCUCAAGCAAAGCCUGUUGAGCUGAGAGCUAAUCUAGGUUAGACUCAGUAAUAAUAAUAAUAAAUAGCUCUUGGUGGAUAACAAAAUUUUUUAAAUUAUCAGCAAUAAUUUAGUUAGAAUUAGAGAAUAAACUAAGAUCAGUAAAUAGAAUAAGUUCAAGGUCUACCUUACAACUCUGAUACUGCAAAUCAAUUCAAAUUCGGUAACUAAUUUAAAUAAGUUGUUUCAAGUUAGUAAUUGCAUCAAAGCUAAGGAUAAAAUAUACCCUCUGAUUAGUAACACUCCUAACCAUAAUCAGGUCAGAAUAUAACUAAAAAAAAUAAAGGUAAUCUUCAAUCAUAGACAUACAAUUUUCAUCAUUACAUAAAAUGUUUUAAAAAUAACUAACUUUCUGCUGGUGGUAUCUCUUCAAGUAAUAAUUUAAUAUAUCAAAAUUUAAAAUUUGCAGGAGGCAAAAAUGAAAUUAUUGUAAUUGACUCACCUAAAAGAGCUCAGUAAAAUAACUAGCAGACGAUAAAUCUACAAUAAGAAAGUAAUUAAACUUGUAACAAUUAAACAAUUAACACAGGAUAAAACUAAUAUGAUUCAUCUUUCUUCUAAAAUAUACCAACAACAAAUCCUGCUAAUUAGUAACAAGCAAUUCAGCAAUAAACUUAGUCACAAACCUAAUAAAUAGUUAUUAAUGGUCAACAUAAAUCGCAAUAGGGUUUUAACAAUGCUAACUUAUUAGAAUAAGGAUAAAAUUAAAACUUCAAAAUUAGUUAGCUUCCUUAAAGCUAAUUUGCCACUACACCAACAAAUUAGAAUUAAUAAAAUAUUCAAUAACAAAAUAUGCUACCUCAAAACUAGCUAUUGCAACGAUAAUAGUAAAUAAACCAAAUAUAAAAUCAAUUUCCUUAACUUAAUUAAUAUCCCCUCAUCAAUUAAUUUAAUAAAGUUAAUUAUGUUUAAUAUAAUCCAUACGCAAUUACUACUUAAUUCUUAUAAGCACCUAUUUCAUCAGUCAAUACUUCUUACAAUUAGUUCUUCACUGCUUCAUUAAAUAAUAAUAAUAACAAUAGUAAUCCAAGCAAUCAAUAAAUACAAUCUAAUUCCUAGCCUACAUAGAUAUAGAACUAGCCAUAAUAAUAGUCUUAAACUUGGCCUUUUGGCCAAAUAAAUAUUUAAAAUACUGUACCUUAACAGUAACUUUCUUCACAAAUUUUAUAAAACAACAAUCCAUAAUAAUAAGCAUAGUAGCAAACAGAAUAAUUGUAAUAAUAAGUUAACAGAUAACUAUAGCUGCUAACUGCAUUUAACAGCUAGUCAAAUCCUUAAGUAUACUUUUAGAUGAAUUCAAGUUCUUAACAGCAAAUUUAAAAUCAGUAAUAAUUUAACCAAAACAGAUAAUAAAAUGAUUCAUCAUUACAAUAAUUUACAGAUUAAAAUCAAUUAAUCAAUACGAUAUAGAACCAAUAACAACAGUAAGCAAUAAAAUAAUCUUCUCCAACAUAAGCCAACGAGGAACUCAAUAUUGAUCAGUACACAUAAUUAUUACAAAAUUAAUAGUAGAAUAAUUAGAAAUACCAAUAAUAGUUUUAUAGUAACAUUUAAUCUAAUGUGAACAGUAAUUUGGCAGUAAAUAAUAACAUUAAUAGCAAUACAACUUCUACAGCUAAUAAUAUGCCUAUUUAAAAUAGAACUGCUAAUACUUAAUUAAUAUAGAAUUAAGGUCAAUAAAAUAAUUACUAUUUACUUUUAAAUCAAAAUUGUACUUCUAAUUAGAUUAAUCAAGUUCCAUAGUAAUAACAAUAGCAACAGUAACAGUAACCUUAGUCUGUUCAUCAAAAUUAAUUGUAUUUGCUCAUGCAACAAUAGUAAUAAAGUUACCCUAUGUUACCAAUAAUAGCAUCAAAUUAAAAUACUUUGGAUUCUUCUAAAAUGCAUCAAGUAGUUAUUUAAUAAGGAGUUGUGAACUCUGCAGCAACUGGUUGUGUACCUAACUAAAAUCUAUUGAACAAUCAAUUCCUUUUAAAUAAUCCAAUUACUCAAAGCUAAAUAAUUUGA